AUGUCGGACAGCGAGAGCGACACAAAGCUCGUCGUGCCCAAGUUCUCUUCGUUCAAAGCCAGGGAUCCGGCAAGACCUACAAAGGCCGAUGGCAGCGGAGGAAAACAAAGAGAAAAGAGUCCAUCAAGGGACAGACACCGAGAUAAGCGUCAUCGCUCUCACCACAGCAAUGACUCUCGCCGAAGAGAGGAGCGGUCCUCCCGACAUCGAGAGAGGCAAGCUGAACCACCACAAGAGCCAGCGCAAGGCCCAAAGGCACUGCUUGAAAAAACCACUUCGUCCACUUCAUCGGCUUUCGUUUUCGACACCAAAGGAGACCGUCUCAUAUCAAAGUACGGUAUUGAUCGCGCCAAAGUCCCAGCCUAUCAUCGCUAUGGGGGCGGUAGAGUCCUCGGCACCGCUGGUAGACUUGUCAUUCAUCGCGACGGCCCAAGGGACCAAUUCAGUCUCCGGUUCCCAGGCGAAGGACUGGGAUUUUUUGACAAGGACGGAUUGCGGUCCAAAUCAUUUCGUCCGACGCGUGACCCGAUCAGACUUCGGGCAAGGGCGUCGGAUUGUGAUAAGGAUGACGCAUUCCUGGCUGUUGAGAGUUCCAAAAAGAGGAAGCAAGAUGAGCGAGGUUCGGAAUCUGAAGAGGAUGAAGGUCCAUCGUACAGAUCUAUUGAAGGAAAAGCCAAGGCCAAGGCGGUACUUGAGUCUGACCACGACAGUUCGGGGUCUGAGGACGAAGUAGUGGACCUGGAGCAUGAUAACCCGCUUCAGUGGAAAUCUAUUCAACUGAACAGGCAGGUCAAAGACCAUCCAGGAGAUAUUGACGCUUGGAUGGAAUUGGUAGACCAUCAGGAUGACCUGCAGCGGGCAGGCGGGACAAUUGAUGAGCGAACGACGGCGAACACGGCGCACAGUUUCUCUGAGAUUAAAGUCGACAUGCUUGAAUCGGCUCUUUCUAAUGCUGUUGUAGCUGAGGAUCGAGAAAUUGUGCUUGUCCGUCUUAUGCGCGAAGGGAUGAAGAUCUGGCCGAGCAAGCUUGCUGCAAAGAAGUGGUCAGAAAUUGAGAAAGAAGUGGAAAACAACUUUGAGCUAUGGAGGGCGCAUGUGGACUUUGCCAUGUCUAAUAUUUCCACCUUUCAGUAUGAGGAUGUCAAGCAAAUGCUACUGGAUAGGUUGCGCGCUGUCCUAUCACGGGCCGGCACACAAGAAAAACACUGGGACGAAGCUAUAUAUGUUUUUUUGCGGACAACAAGAUUUAUGCAUGACUCUGGAUACAAGGAGCUAGCUGUGGCAGCGUGGCAAGCUUUGCUGGAGAUUAAUUUUUUCAGGGGCGGCCCAGAGAUCCCUGGAACUGAUGUGGAGGCAUUUCGAGAUUUCUGGGAGAGCGAGGUCCCACGACUGGGAGAGGAGAACGCCAAAGGCUGGAAAUAUUAUAUAUCAAGUGGUGGGAAGGUGGAAGCUCCAGAGCCGCGGACGGACAAUCCAGUCGCGGAUAUUGCGACAAGAGAUGCCUACAAAGCGUGGGCACAUUAUGAGCUGGGCCAGGCUCGAAGUGCCAAAUUACCUGCGAGAACAAUGGAUGAUGGAACAGAGGAUGACCCAUUCCGAGUAGUCAUGAUUUCGGAUAUCGAGCCUUUGCUGUUCAUGGUGCCGGAUGGGCUCUUGCAGGGCGAGCCCGGAGAGUUGCUCCUUGACGCCUUUCUGAUAUUCUGUGGAUUGCCCCCGUUGUUUCGAUCUACACCCCUGGCAGAACUUGCCUUUGAUGACCAGUACACUUCGAGCGCUAUUGUCACAAGUACAGCUGUGCGACAGGCUAAUUUGUUAGAUGACCCCGAGGAAGUUCGCAGGAAGCCUCCAUCAUUCUCCAGAGUCCUCAAUGCAGCACACUCCCCUGGUCUCCUCUUUGCUCGAGCGGACUGGUUCCAGUAUUUCGGCUCAUCCCUGAUGAACCUUACCGUCGAGACGGCAUUCGUGAGAAACCUAUUGAAGCAAUUGGUUCACGAAGCAGAAGUAGAGAGCCUAGCUCUUUAUUAUCUUGGACUUUGCUUCGCUAGUGAACCGCCACUGGUGAAGAAGCCGGCAAAGGCAUUAUUGAAGAAGUAUCCGAAUAAUGCUGAGCUCUACAACGCAUACGCCCUGGCAGAAUUUGCCAACGAUAAUGUAGAUGUCGGGAAGAAAGUGCUUCUAUCGGCUAUGGAAGCGCCAUCGCUAUCUGUCGGCGCCCCAGGAUUCCAGCUUCACAAAUCACUUAGCUGGGAGGAGUUGAAAGCAGGGAACAGGACGCUAGCUAUUACAUGGUUGUGCUCUGCUUUUGACAAGUCUCUACGUCAAGCCCAGGCGGAUCAUGGCAGCAUUUCACCGGCAUCCAUUCUGAAGACCAGACAAGAAAUUGUUGCAAACAUUCAUCAGUGCUUGAAUGAAGGAAGAGCCAAUGAUGCUGCGGUCUUUGUCGAGGGUCUGACCUUGUUAUCAUACCUGACAGAUGGAGGCAAUGCCGAGCCGACAUCAGAUGCACAGGGUAAUAUAUCCGCUGCUAUGAAUGCCAUCGAGGGCAUAACCGCAGAGUUCAAAUCGCGCGGGGACGCAAAUACCCGUUCACACGAGCGCAUACUCCAAUUCGGGGCGCAACUGCUGUACCUGAAUGCAACUCGAGGGCAAGUUUGA